GAUUCAGAGUACAAACUGCAAAAGUAAAGUACAGAACAAAUGUGAUGAUUGUGGUGAUGAUAAGAAAAUAAUAAUUUAGAUACUAUUUGCGUUCAAAUUUAUAAAUUGUAUAGAUAUUAGAUAUUUAUGUGGUUAUUAAUGAAGAAGGAGGCCUUAUUUACCCCCUAAAAUGUGAAUGAAAAAUUAAAAACUACAUUGCCUAAGUGAAAUGGGGAUCAUAAUAUUUGAUUGGAUUGUACUGUUUAUGUGACCAUCACAAUGUUUGUAAAAGCGUUUUUAAUAUUAAUUUUAGUUAGUAUUGUGUACUCGACACGUAUAAAUGGAGAGUUUUCCACCGAUGAAUUCUUUAAGUUUUUAGUAAAAUUUGGAUUUCAAAAAACGGAUAUACAUUAUCAGAAAGAAACAUAUGGCUACAUAUUUGGCAAUAUUACUUCAAGACAACAAUUCAAAUAUCCUAUAACAUUUGCAGUAUUAGACAGAAAGCAUUUUAUCCACUAUUAUAAAAACAGAGAUAUAGCUGACAAAGAAAGUGCUUGUCAGAUAAUGUUUCAGAAUCUUAAUGCAUCUGCUUACCACCCAAAAUGUAAUACAUAUGGUGAAGAUUUAUUCAGACGAGUUCCUUGUCAGCCAAAUCAACUCUGCAUUGAUGAAGACAUGCCCUGGAAUGUUAUAAAAAAUAACCAGUUUACUUAUGUUAUUCAAAACAGUGGACAACCAAGGUUCUGGUAUGUGUCUAUGGUAUCUUGUUACUUGGAUGAAGUGACUUGUUCAUGGCAUCACUAUAAGGGGGCACCCUCCCCUGAUAAUAAGUCAUUAACAGAUAUGCCACAAAUAAUUAAUUAUGAUUUCUGGCUAGUCAAUGGAAGCCCCAAUCUGUCACUGUAUAAUACAAUGCUGUAUCAGUUCUCAUUUGAUAGACAGAAUACUUUGGAGAUGUAUUUGUUGUUCUGGUUGUGUUAUAUAAUUUUAGUGCCUGUGCAAAUAUAUGCAGUCAGGACUCAAAGGCAUCCCGUAACAAAACUCUUCACAUUCAGUUUGUUUCUGGAGUUCAUUGCGCUAUGUUUCAAUGUUCUCCACACAGUGAAGUUUGCUGCAGAUGGAGUAGGAUUCACUGGUCUUGAUGUUGCUGGGGAUAUAUUGGAUAUUAUGAGCAGGACACUUUUCAUGUUGCUGCUACUUCUCUUGGCUAAAGGUUGGGCCGUAACAAGACUGGAAUUCACAUAUAAACCUCUUGUUUUUGGAGUUUGGAUGGUUUAUGGCAUUGUGCAUAUAUUACUAUAUGUUUGGAAUACUACUGAAGUCGAUAUAAUUGAAGAGAUUGAUGAGUAUCAGACGUGGCCCGGCUGGCUGGUGCUGUCUCUGAGGGUGGCCAUCAUGACGUGGUUUGUGCUGGAGCUGAGGAACACCAUGAUGUAUGAACACAACAUGCCCAAACUGAACUUUUUGCUGCAUUUCGGUGCAUCAAGCCUCGUCUGGUUCGUGUACUUGCCGAUAAUUGCGUUGAUUGCCCUUCAAAUAAGUCCACUGUGGCGGUUUAAGUUUAUAUUAGGUAUAACAUACUCAGCUGAUUGCCUGGCGUUUUGUGUAAUGGCUCACCUAUUGUGGCCAACGCGAUCAGAACAAUAUCUGUUACUAGCUCCUCCCGACUACACUGCUGGCAUAGAGGAGUUAGACGAGUUCAGUGAGUCGCCACACGUGGUUCACAGCGAUACAGUCGCCCUGACUACAGCCGAGAGUGUGAAUGCCGACGACGAAGAAGUAAUAUUCACUCGGGUACACAAAAACGGAACGGUGUUCUCAUAGCAACACGCAAUGGCCAACAUUUAAUACAUUUGAUUCUCAGCGAGAAUAGAUUGAGUAUGAGGCUAUGGAGGUAUUUUAUGGAAAUCAUUCCAAAUAUUCAUAAAAUUGAAUACGACAGGCCGAAUGAAUGGUCCUGAUUAAAUCUAUGCGUUAGAGUAAUGGAUAUACUUUUAUGCGUCUGUCUUAUGUCGAAAGCCGGUAAUAUGAUCAAAGGUAAUAUGAAAUGUAACGUGUGCAAUUAAAUUCAGUGAUUUUCACUUAAUUAAAUACUGAGAGUAGGUAAGUUUUGGUUGAAAGACUUAGAAGAAUAUUCUAGUAGAUCCUUGUAAGAAAAUAUGGUUUAUGAGCUGUGUCGUGUUGUAAAAGUAUUCAAGAGUGAGCGGGACAGAAGAUGAAACAAGUUAUAUUACCUAUAUAGUUCUGUAGCAUUUAGGUAAGUUUCUUAUCGCUUUUUCGUUCAUCAGAAACGGUUGAUGAUUAUGGAAUUGUAUCAAUAUUAUGUGAAAAAAAAAAAUAGUACAGUUUCUUACAUUUUUUUUAUAAACCAGUUUCACUUACGAUUAGAUAUUGUACAAUGUACCUUAACAUACGACUGAAGUAUGCUAUGUGUAGUAUAUUUAGUACAGUCUCAAUCUUAUUAUGAGGCUCUAUAUUAGUUUUUCGAUUCGAUUCUAUUUUUAUUGAUGUUCAGGCAUAACGUGUUCGUUUAUAAACAGAUUUAAACAUUUAAUUAAAUUUUGGUGACCGAAGAUAUUUUAAACUUAAAUAUGAAUUGUCUGUGUUUAACCAUAUGUGUUUUUAUACAGCCAGUCUUAAUAGUAUGUUGUUAAGUAACUUUACUAGUUAAUUUACCUAAAGCCCAACAGACUCAACAAAAACAAAUACAGACUCAAUAAAGAAGACCAUAAAUUUGUAAGCUGUAAGUAACGCAUGUCUAAAUAACGAAACAUUGGAUUGAUCUUAAUUAAUAACUCUACAUUUUUGACAAACUGUUAAGGGUUCAAGCUAAUUUAAAUUUAGUUAUUAAAAAUCCAAGUAAACUAGAUGUUCGUCUUAGUGCCUCACAUUCCGGAAUGAGGGUAGAAUGAAAACUUUGCGUUAAAAGAUGAGUAAUAUUAUUUAAUAAAUAUGUUUUAUAUUUUAAUUGGUUAAAUUAAAUUGUUUGUUUUUAAAGCUGUUGUGGCUGACUUGUUUUCUAUGGAAUUAAAUAACGGUCUUAUUGGCGAUCAUCACAAUGAAUUUGCAUCGUAUUGUUGCUUAAAGUGUACACAAGUUAUAUUUAUAUAUUUUAAAUCUCACCGUUAUUAUCAUAAUAUAAAAUCUCAUUUUAUUGUCGUUACGAUUAUGUUUAUUUAGAUGUGCCAACUUUUUCAUAAUAACCCUUAUAUCAUGGUAUAAUAAUAUACUCCGCCUAAUAUCACGGUAAUAAGAGUAAAUUAUAAUGAGUUAAUAGUUAUUUAUGCAACUGUUGUGUAGUAAGGGGUAUUAAAACACGAAUGUGGAUUUAUCUCACGAGGCGAAGCCGAGUGUGAUAAUAGUAGCACAUGAGUGUUUUAAUACCUAAUUAUUAACAGUUGCAUACAAGACUUUAUCUACACCCAGAAUAUGAAUCCUCUAAAAGAUUCUGGAACAGUUAGCUUACUGCUAACAUUAAAACACCAGUCCUAGUAGUAACCUAAUAUCAUUCGUUACUGAUUAUAUACAAAUAAAAUAAGUAUUAAUGAAACAAUUAUUUAUUUUAGUAGCAAUUUACAUUUUGUAUAGUGCAAUAAUUAAAAUUCCCUCGACUAUAAUGUUCUUUUGCAGCGUUUAAAAUGAAUCGCUCAUUUUUUGUAAGCAAAACAAUAAAAAUAUCGAAGAAAAAUGUCGGGGAUUCGAAUAACCUACUUUUUUUUACGGCGCGCGACGUUCUGGGAGUGUAGAGCGCGCGUAAACGAAAAUGUUCUUUUUUUGAAAUUCAUACAGAUACCACGCAUCGAGCAAUAAGAAUGUGGCUGUAUGUUGAAACUCUUUGCGCAUGAAGGGACAAAAAAAACAUAGGAGUGUUGUUAUGAAAUUCAGUACAACAUUACAACACUCUUUUGGGUGAUGUAAUGGUUAUUAGGACAUUGGGUGUUUUAAUGUUGGCAAUAAGCUAACUGUUUCAGAAUCUUUAAUAGAGGAUUUAAAGCAUGGGUGUAGAUAAAAGAAAUUACUAACUAGUUUAACUAAUAAGUAACCUCAUGUUAUUCAUCUAUUGAGAUUUAAAUCAAUUUAUUUUAAAGUUCAGAAUUGCUCAAAGUUAAAAAACACAUUUUGCUCUCGGGUAAUUCAAUAACACACACAGUGGCAAGACAUCACAUUGACAAGUGUCAUACUGACAGCUCGCUAUUGUCGUGUCGCUCACGUCUAUAGCGUCGUUCCACUCGAAAAUAGUUUGAGAACAGUCAUCGCAACUGAUGACGUAUUUUUAGGCCAAUCACUCGACCCAGCUGUCAUGGGAAGAGAAUACCAAUUAUUACCAUUACCAGUUAUUAUUAUACCAUGAUCUUAUAUAUUCGCAAUGAAAGUAACUUAGUGAACCAAACGAGCUGAGAGCGCGCUCGAGGUACUGAACGUUCAUUGGCCCCGUGACUAUCACAACACAUCCUAAUUGGUCAUUUAAUAAUCACAAGAUAUCAUUAACAAUAAACAACAAGACUCAUAAUCACACUCAAAAAUUGUCUGAAGCAAAACUCUGCACGUAGACAGAGUUUUCAUUCAGUUGUGUUACGACCGCGCUUUGAAUACAACGCCACGCAGUUAAAAAAUGUCCAAAUAACAGCUUAUCCGAACUUUAAAAAGAUGGCGUGUUGUAUUUCAGGUAAGAGCCUCUUUAUAUUAACAAAAUUAUGUAAACUUGAUGUUUUUAAUAAUUUUCCUAAAUAUUUAAUAACAUUUCAAUUGCUAAAACAAAAUUCAUAGCCGAUGAAAUAUGCGAAAGAGACGCCACAUUUCGCACUAUAAUCAAUGAGCUUCUUAUGAGCGUAUACAAUAGAAAUUGAACAUUACUGCCAUGAAAUAAGGUAUUAUUUUUAAUAAAUGUUUUAAUAUUAUCUGAAUAAGUUAAUGUAUACAUAUAUACAAAGUCGUUCGGACAUUUUUGACGGCUUUUUAGUAGGCGAUUGUGAGUCUAAUUAUUGUUUAUAGUAAGUACGUCCAUGAACAAUAGCUCGUGGCUACUGUGCAUUUUCAUAUCUUUGAUGUUUGUAUUUUAUUAGGCAUCUGUGGGUUAUAUAUUAUAUAUUUAGGUCAAUUAUUAUAUAACUACCGUAAAACAAGUUGUCUGGAAACUCUGGAGUGGAUAAAAUAAAAUUGUUUUUUUUUUAUGACAAUACGGGACGAGCCGAGCAGGACGUUCAGCUAAUCUUAAUUAAAACGCCCUGCCCAUUACAAUGCAGUGCCGCUCAGGAUUCUUGAAAAUCCCAAAAACUCUGUGCGACCCCAUAAUUGCUCUCGUCACCUUGAGACAUAUGAUGUUGUCUCAUUUGCGCAGUAAUUUCACAAGGUUUGGCGCCCCUCAGACCGAAACACAGUAAUGCUUACAUAUUACUGCUUGACCUUGCAAAGGGCGCCGUUGUGGUACCCAUAAUCUAGCCGGCAUCCUGUGCAAAGGAGGGUUCCCAUUGGUUAGUUCUUCAAAGAGAUGGUCGACUAGACGGUACCAACAUGACGGUGUUAUAUAAAUAAUAUUUCUAUUGAAAUGUAUGAUUCUACGUACAUUACAAUCGGUACAUUACUAACCAACACCGUCGCGUGCUGUGCAUAAGUUAUGUAUAUACUUUGCCUUUAUUUUGUCACGCGUCAUAGAGCAGUCAAUAGCGCUCGCGAGGCAUGCCUUUAACGCAUGCGCGAUGACUGUUGAAAGCGAAACGCGCUCUGAUACAAGUUUUCCGGCGUCGAGUGGAUUUCUAUGCCACAAAGCGUUCAACAUCAACAAGGGAACUAAAUAACUAUACUGGCAUUGCCUUCUUUAACGCAUUCUAAGAAAGUGGAAUAGAAAGAUGAAAACUAAAGUUGAACAUGAAAGGCACAGUGGACAUAGUUAUAAAGUAUCAACAACUCUCAUAUGUAUAUCGUAGUCCGUUUAUUUCUUUUCCUGUCUGAUAUUUUCAUAGCUGUCAUGGUAUGUAUGUAUUAUGAUUUUUUUUAUAUUGUAACAAAUAAGUAAUUGAUAAAAAUACUAUAUAAAAUUGAAUAUACCUUCACUAACCAUUGUUUGUCUAUUAUGUAGGUACAUGGUUCAACACGUACUGUACGUUUUAUAUCUGUCUAUAUAUUAUCUCUGAUUUUACUGUUGUAUUGUUUUACGGCCGUUUUCAAUAACCCAUCUAUCCUUAGUUUAACUAAAUAGAUUUGUCUACCUCUUAUUAGAGGUGUUUUUGGAAAUUUAUCCUUUUACGCUUACUUACAUUUCAAUAAUCUAUCGACAGAUACCAUUGGACUAUAACUAUAUUGGACGUAACUAUGGACAGAUAAGAUCUUGUCAUUAAACGGUGAAAGCAAUGUAUCCGUAACAAGAGAUACGUUAUUGAAAACGGCCGUUAAUGAUAAGAUAAUUCAUACAAGACCUACAUCGGUAGACAAUAUAUGGUAACUUUCCUAAACACUAUCACGAAUAGUCUUGUGGCGUCACGUUUUAACAUUUCUGCUUAGUUAAAUACGAAAAAUAUUUUCCUUUUUUAAAGAAAAAAAUGACGCAUUCUGUGAAUAUUUUGACCUGAACUUUUUUUUAUCUGAAAAUGCAGCGACGAAAUAGCGGAAACUUAUCACAUCACGGAGAAUAUCCUGUUCUUAAAGCUAUUGUCAAACGGACAGCGAACCGAAAGCGUUUUCAUUUUGUUAUGUAUGGUAUCUUUUCAAUCUAGUCGCAUAUAAAAGCGAAACCGAAUACGUGGCGAACAGAAAGGCGUGUCACACCAGGACAAAUCAAAGGCGAGCGCGCAAAGCGAGGCGUGAGCGAGAUAGUUGUAUUAGCGUAUGCACGAAGUCGAACAUAGCGAAUGCGAGACGCGACCCAAGAGUGAAGCGCGAUGGUAGUGUUUAUUUACAAAACUUUGACACGAGUGGCGCGGCCGUCCCACAACGCUUCUUUUUCCUGUGCCUACUUUGUAGUUUGAUCGGAUUCUCUACGCUUCCAGUUCGGUUCGCAUUUAUGUUUGAAAAUACCGUGUGACAUUAUUAUAACAGGAUUAUAGCUUCUAUAUUACUUGAGCUUCGGACUUACAUCAUUUCAUCACAAAUAGCUUGUUAGUCAUUUUAAAUUAUUAGCUACGUUAGCGUGGUACCGAAACAAUGUAUUGGGACAAAGUUAAAUAGUUUUUCUCAAAUAUGUAAUCCCGUACCUACCCAAAUUGAUAGAAUAAUGAUAUUGGUAUAAAUUUGAACAUAAAUUGGCUACACAAAUGUUUUACGACUUUUGAAGGUUUCAAGUCAAAGUUAGUUAAUUGUUCCAAAAUUAUAUGCAGGUUGCUUGUUGUUUUUAUUUUACUUGUCAUAUUAUGUAUCACAAAGGAAUUUUAUCAUAUAAAUUUUGUCACGAGAUUAUUGUCCCUGGUAAAAAUAGAUAUAAAUAACAGAAAUGAAAUUAUUGUAAAAAAUCAACUCGUUAAUAUUAACUUGAUAUAAAAUUGUCUGUUAUAAAUUCUCCAUUAACUCCAUACGCGAUGUAGAGAGAAUAUCGGUUAAUGACCUUUAUGUCAUCGAAACAACGACUAUUAAACUUAUACGCGUGGGACAAGGACAGGUAAUAGGUUAGUGACUGUAAUACUCUGCUCCGGGUUUUUGUUUAUAUUAGCUUAGUAAUUAAUUAAAUUAAUUUUAAGUUAGUACAUUAGUGACUGCUAGACAUGUUGUAUUUUAGCUGUGAAAUAAUUGUGCUUGAAUUUUAUUUUUAUUGCGUUUUUUUUACUCAUUUUCUGUUAUACUGAAGUCGAUAUGUAAAUAUAUUAUAUAGUUAGAUGUAUAAAUAUUUGAAUAUUAUCGAAUUAUGAUAAAAGUAAAUUAAGAAUUUAUAAUUUUUUAAUAAAACUCAUGUUGUGGACCCGCCAGUAAAGGAUAAUGUGAGUACAACGGUGUAUAUGUAUUCAGCUCGUUUUUAUUACCUUUAUUAAUUAUUCAAUGUUACUAUAUUUACAUAUUUAUUGAAUUUGAAUUUUGGAACCAUUUUAGAUCCAAUGUUUGCUUAGUAAAUUCUCCUGUGAUGAAACUUGUAAAAAUUCUAUUUAGAUAAAUACCUCGACUGCAAACCACAAAUUUUUAGUCUACUUACCUCUCACUAUGUCUGUUCCGUGCGUUUAACCUAUCUGAUCGCAAUAAUUCAUUAUCUGUUGCAUUAGAGCAUCGCUGCGCUGCGAGUCGCGGCGCUGCACUUCAAAAUUGUCUCGGAGGCAACUUUGCCGCGACGUGCAGCAAUGUGCAGUGAUUGAAAUUAUAUUUCGACGCUUUGUAGCGUGCUGUUUAGUGCUGCGCAGCGCCGCUGUAAUUCGUUCCGGUCUUUAAUUCGCAAAUGCUUUUUAAACAAUAACUUAAUUAUUUUUUUGAGAAUUCCGCCUACAAUAAUAAAAAUAUUGAUUUUUGAUAAUAUACUUUUGAGCUAGUUUUUUUUAAUAUCUGGGAUUUUCAUUUUGAACACCGGAUACCAUUGGUUAGCUUUAAUCUGAUGUAAAAUCUAUGACAUUGUCAACCUACAACCUCUAUGUCCACUUGUUUGUUUUUAUGGACAAUGACGUCAUAGUACAAUAGUAUUUUAGAUAGUGGUGUAAACUAUCCAUUCCCCAUUAGGUAUUGUUAUAUCAAAUAAAAAACAGUCACCCAUGGUGCUCAUAUCAGGUUAGGUUUCAGACGAACAUUAUUUUUACUCACAAUAUUUAACAAAAUUAAAAAGCGUUCUCUUCUUAAUACUGUCAUCUCUGUUAAAGAUUUUAACUCUCGGUAACGUAUCAUCUUGCUUACAAAUAUACAGCCAGUAAUAAAACAGUGAAACACCAAAGUGGGUAUUCGAAAAGACCUUCUGAAAUUAAAUGCGUUAGAUAUUUCCUUUUGCAUUAAUGUUUAUUGUAGCUGCCAAUAGGCUGGACCCAAACUAUAUUUGAGCUAUUAGACCUAGAAAAAAAAUCGAUAGACACAAGCUUUAGCUAUCAUGACAUUGGCACAAAACCAUUGAAAUCUAACCUAAAAUUGUGACAUUUAUUUACAGUCUGCUCUGACGGGUCCAAAAACUGUAUUUUACGGCAAACGGUUUAUCAGUUUAAACGGUAAAAUCCAACCAAAAUUAGUGGCAGUGUAUAGUUAGAAUACUAUAAUUACUACAAAUACUUUAGUCGGAUUGUAGCCGCCAAUGGCCCGCGCCCAAAAAAACUGAUAGACACAAGUUCUAGCUUUUUGACAUUAACCCCAACCUAUGAAAUCUAACCUAAAAUUGUGACAUUUUGUUACAGUCUGCUCUGACGCGUACAAAAACUGUGUGUUUUACUCAUAGAUAUUAUACAAAUAUUAUCUACGAAUUAUCGUUUAAAUUUCACAGGCUAAAUUCAACCUAAAAUAUUGUCAGUGCAUAGUGAGAAUAUUAUCAACUUUUAUUUAUAAUUAUAUAUUAUGUAGUACACACCUAUUAGGUUAAGUAGUGUUGUCUAGUAAUGUAGGUAAAUGAUUUAUUCUGAUGUUGUCUUGUGCUUCUUCGCCUUACAAACAGUGUCAAGAAGGAAAUAAAUGUGAUGUAAAAGAAAUUCAA